AUGGCCGUGCCAGGGUUUGAACUCCGGACAGCUGACAUGCGAGGCGAACGUGUUGCCACUAUUCCACCAGCGUACCACUCUUUCGGUGCCGAGCUGCCAUGCCACCCGAAGGAAGCACGAGAGCUGGGAUACUGUCAGGUUGCCCAAGCCCAGACAGGGAAAAUCGAGAGGCAGAGGUCGGGUUCGAAUCACGGAUCUUCCGGUCAGAAAAUUCGCGCUCUAACCACUUUAGCCAUCUCGCUCUCUAUAAAUAGUCCAAAUACUGAUCGUACUAACACACGUGCUAACGAGAUUGAGACAGCUCAGUGGUUGACGCGCGAAUCUAAUGACGGGAAGUUCCGUAGUUUAAAACCCAACCUCAAUAUUUUUACUGCUCCUGUCUGGCCUGACAGUACCUCAGCCGUGUUGCCUCCUUCUGGUGAUACGACAUCCAAGCACCGAAAGGACAUUACGCCAAAUAUGAAUCAGUAUGAAUUCAGUAAAGACCGGGAAACCGAAUUCCCACAUCAGACAAGUUCUUACAGUUGA